CAGAGAUUUGACCAACUUCACCCGUGAGUCCUUCGUCCAACAACCCGAUUUUUGGGCAGCGACGUAUUUCGCGCAGCGGCGCAUUCGGGCAGUGGACAAGAACAAAAUCUUCCGUCGUCGUAAAACGCCAUUCUUUUUCGUCUUCUUCUCCCGGCCAAAGCGGCCGGACCAAAGGCCAUGGCGGCGCAGCCAGCUGCUACCGUAAUGAGUCACAAUAUGCUGCUAUACGCGUUAGAAGUCUAUUUUUGAGGCGACUAAAAAGUAAAGGCCAUGGCAGCGCAGCCAGCUGCUACCGUAACGAGUCCCAGUAUGCUGCUAUAUACGCGUUAUUACGUCCACUUAGUACUUCUAGCGUUGCUAGCCGGGGUCCUCGUAACCCUAGUCCAUUGGUGCAACCCGAGUGACCUUACCGGACUCGAGGCCGCGUCGGCUGCACACCGCGCCAGCAGCCUGCUGAGCUCUGUCGCCGAUGGCAGUGCCGACCUCCGCAUGGCGGAAGAACAACCUUCCGCCAGCCUCCGCAUGGCGGAAGAACAACCUUCCGCCAACCUCCGCAUGGCGGAAGAACAACCUUCCGCCAACCGCGAUAUGGAAGAGAAACCGUAUUCCGCCGGGGGAAGAGUCUUUACGCAAAACCUGGCGCAACUCUCAGUUGGCGCAAAGAAUGGCUCGGAGCCUUCCGCUGAUGGCGGCGCAACGAUAAUCGCGCAGCAACCGUGCAUCAGCAGUGCAGUCAACUCGAGCAGCAGCGCAAUCGACAGUAGUAGCGCAAUCGGCAGCGCAAUCGGCAGUAGUAGCGCAAACAGCAGUGCAACCGACAGUAGUAGCGCAAUUAACAGCAGCGCAAUCGACAGUAGUAGCGCAAACAGCAGCGCAAUCGACAGCAGUAGCGCAAUUAACAGCAGCAGCGCAAUCAACAGCAGCGCGAACAGCAGCAGCCAACCCUCUGGCGUGUCCGCCGCCGCCGCGGCGUCCAACGCGCCGAAGUUCGAUGUGCGCACCUUGCGCCUGGCGGGGAAGCCGAUCUGCUGGUGGUCCGGGGACCACGGAGGUUACAGCUGGGACUACGAGAGUCGCGCUAUCGGCGCUUCCGCAGAGGCGAAGUCCGCGCAGAAAACGGGGACCUUUUCCGCUUCCGCUCCCGCUUCCGCUUCCGCCAGUAGCGUACGACGGCGCGGCGGCGUGGUUAUGUUCGGUAACGGGUGCAUGGGGUGCGUGGCGGGGCAGUGGUGUAGCUUCGAGAUCGAGAUAAGACCGCCCGCGAAUUGGGUAAUUCCGGUUAACGAGGCGUUCAUGGAUCUGCUACUAGUGGAGCUGUGGGGGCCUGCUAUCGCGUAUGCGGAGGUGAAGAAGGAGGCGGGCGAUAACACGCGGUGGAGGGUCUCUUAUCGAAUCUGGGACGCAGGAAAAUACAUCGUUACAGUCACAUCCGGUUGCACCACUCUCAACUACACUAAGGAAUUCGCUAAACAGGGCAUAGAACCGCCGUUCGCAACAUGGAAUCUCACAGUCGCAGACCCUUUUGCGGAUGUCCCUCCUGGCCGUUUUCGGGGUUCUAAGGCGUUGGCGAAGGGGCAGGCGAAGGGGCAGGCAAUGGGGCAGGCGGAGGGGGAGGCGGAUUGGCUGAGGGAAGCGGAGAGGGAAUUUCAUCAAGCCCCGUGCGAGCAGUCCGUUGCUGGCAGAUGGCUGCACGAAAGUAGAGCCUAUCGAUGGCGGUUCUACCCGUGUGCCUCUCCCCUGCCACCCCCCUCCAAGUGGAUGGAGGCGCUUCAGUCGCGCGGCAUCCGGGAGAUCAGCUUUGUGGGCGACUCGCACCAGCGCUUCCUCAUGCUCUUUAUAAACUACCUCGUUAUGCAUGACAUCGACCCCGAGUUCCGCAAGUCUCAUAAAGAUAUCGUCAUCAAAAUGCCGCCGCCCAAGUGGAGGAGGGAUCUGCAGCCGCUGAAGCUGAACUUCUACUGGGUGGAUGGGAUUUACCAAAACAAGGAGUACGGAUGCGAGCGCCGUGGCUUCUGGUCGCACCGCUACAACUCCUUCCCCAAGCUGUCGGCUUCUGCCGAUGUGACGAUCAUCGACGGGGGCUUCUGGGCCGCCUGCGUGUGCAACCAAUCCGAGCAGGCCUUCAGUAAACACCUGCCCGGAUACAUCGCUUGGGCCAGGGGGCAACUGGACAGGCUGCAAGACUGGCAUGGGAAACAGCGGGAGAAGGAAGAGGUAGAACGGAAGGGGAGGAAGCUGCAGGAGGGAGGAAAGGAGGAGGAAGCUGCGGUAGCGAAUUCGACGGUUGCGAGUGGGGAGGGUGGAACGAGCAGCGGAGGGAAUGGUACGGAUGCAACGAGCAGCGGAGGGAAUGGUACGGAUGCAACGAGCAGCGGAGGGAAUGGUACGGAUGCAACGAGCAGCGGAGGGAAUGGUACGGAUGCAACGAGCAGCGGAGGGAAUGGUACGGAUGCAACGAGCAGUGGAGAGAAUGGUACGGAUGCAACGAUCAGCAGGCCGAGUGGGAAGCCAUGGAUGCUGUAUCGGAGCAUUCUCCCUUGGAGGCCGUUAGGGGAGUGCGGGGGGCUGAUCCCCACCAACUCGAUGAUUGAGCACAUGAAUGAGAUGAUCAAGGCGGAGAUUCAGCGGUAUGGAAUCGGGUAUCUGGACGGAUGGCCGGUGGAAGCUCCGAGGUAUUUUGAUACGUGUAGCGAGACCAAUCUACACUACACGUGCCAUCGGGCCGAUAAGACCACUAAGCAAGGAAAGCUCGUAGGGGAUGUAGGAGAAGCUAUGGUGUUCCACACCAUUUAUACCUUACUAUUUAGCCUUAAAUAAUUGACGAAGUGUAUGCAUGGAUGACGUUUUGGUUAUAGUUCAUAUUAUA